AUGAUGAUUAUAAGUACCAAAAAAGAUUUAUUAGAGGAAGAAGGUGUUUAUCGGAUAGAAUGCACUUGUAACAACCCUAGUUUUUAUGUUGGUGAAACAAAACGAAGAUUAAAGAUUCAACUGUCGGAACAUCUGGCUGCCGUAAGGUUAAAAAUUAGUAAUUCUCCUGUCUUCCAACAUUGUAAUAGUAAUAUUUGUCAGAUUAAUACUAAUAAAUUUGUUAAGUUCAGUUGUAACAUGUGUCAGGUGUGUGGAUGUAAGCAAGUGGUGAUGGACAGUCCACAGCUUGGUCACACAUGUCAGUUGUUCAGGUACGAUAUUUCUAGUUUAUUAAAAAUGGAUCUAAAAACAUUGUCAAUAAAAAAGAGAGUUGUCAAGAGUAGUUUUACUAGACUAAGAGAGAAAAUUCUGGGGAAUGUUGACGACUCAGAUAAUGUGCAACUUGAUCUUUACCGUUCGAAAUUGGGUGCAAUUGCUAAUGAAGUAAAGGAAGUCUUUGAUAAACUGUUUGAUAUUUGUAAGGAAGACGAAAUAGAACAAUAUAUUGAGGAAAGUCAAAUAGCACAAGAUUCGAUUGAUGAGUUGAUAUUAGUGAUAGAUAGAACAAAUCUAAAAUUGGAAAAUAGUAAUAGUAUAUCCAACGUUGAUAAAGCUAGUGGAAUGUCAGAUUUAAAAUUACCUAAAUUGACAUUGCCCUCAUUUAGUGGUAGUUUUGAGGAAUGGUUGCCAUUUAGUGACCUGUUCCAAGCAGCUAUUACAAACAAUGGAAAAUUGUCAGGUGCUCAAAAACUACAGUAUUUAAAGUGUUCAUUAAAAGAAUAAGCUUUAAAAAUUAUACAAUCCCUAUCCAUUUGUGAUCGAAAUUUCGAAAUUGCAUGGGAACUACUUUCCCAACGGUAUUCUCGGAAAAGAGAAUUGGUAGCUUCGUUAAUUAAGAAGAUAUUGAGUUUGCCAACAUUAAAUUAUGAAAAUGUGGCACAGAUUUUAAAUAUUGUUGACUCAACUACAGAGUGUAUUCGAUCCUUAGAAGCUCUAAAUUUUAAUAUAGAUGAGUUUUCGAGCAUAUUAUUUAUGUUCAUUAUUCAAUUUAAAUUGGAUGCAACAACCAGAGGCUGGUGGGAGCGCUCACUUAAAGGUGAUGAUAUUCCUCCAUUAAAUGACUUAUUAGAAUUUUUGAAGGGUCAUGUUAGAACUCUACAGCCAACCAAAACACAGAUGAAUAAAAGAUUCAUGCCUAAGGUUACAUCUCUCUCGUCUCAAAUGAAGGGACAAUGUGCAUGCUGUAAGGGAGACCACGCUUUAUACAAAUGUACUAAAUUUCAGAAGCUUAAGGUACAGGACAGAAUAGAGUUAGCAAAAAGGGAAGGUUUGUGCUUUAAUUGUUUGUCGAAAAAUCACAGGGUGAGAAAUUGCACUGUCAAUGCUUCUUGUUUAAACUGCAAGAGAAGACACAACUCACUCUUGUGUUAUGGAAAGGAAAGAAAUUCCAUCUCUAAGGUAGACUCCGAGUCAAAUCCACAAACUAGCCUUUCAUCCAUGAAUUCAAGUAUAUGUCCUGAGAUGACGAAAGAGACAAUUUGUAAGUCAAUUUGUGCCUCACAUUGUGAAGGAGGGUCAAGAAAGAAUGCAAACAACCAAGUUCUAUUAUGUACUGCUCAAAUUAAGGUUUUAAAUUCUAACAACGAAUGGGUAGAAUGUCGAUGUUUAUUAGACUCAGGAAGUCAGAGAUCAUUUAUUUCUAAAGAGUGUGUGACAAAAUUAGGAUUAAAUGUAAGGGACAGUACAAUUUCGGUUUCAUGUUUAGGCGCAUUCACCACUAUGAGCAAUGGAGAGGUUGAAUUGAUAUUUACUUCACAUUUUAAAAGUGAACUGCGUGCUUCUACUUCUGCCUUUGUAAUAGAAAGAGUCACUGAAAACCUUCCAUAUGUUUCAUUACCUUCAGAGAUUUGCACUGACUUUAGUGAUCUUAUUUUGGCCGAUCCUUUCUUUUAUAUUUCAAGGAACAUAGAUAUCCUGUUUGGCGUAAAUGUAUUUCUGUCGUUAAUCAAUGGAAAUUUAAUUAAACGUAGUAUGAGCUGUCCAUUUGCAUUGAGUUCUAAAUUGGGUUGGAUUAUCUCAGGCAAAGUGACCUUUGAAUCCCAUGAGCCCAACAGAGUUGUGGUGAAUCAUUCGUGUGUAAAAACGGAUGAGUUAGUGAGAUCAUUUUGGGAACUUGAAAAUAUUCCCUCAUCUCGAUUAUUAAGUACUGAGGAAAAGUUGUGUGAAAUUCAGUUCGAGAAAAGUGUUUGGAGAGAUGAUCACGGACGAUAUUAUGUUGCAUUACCCUUUAAACCCGAUAGAAAGGCGUUAGGAGAUUCUCGUGUUGCUGCCCUUAGAAGACUUUACAGUUUAGAAAGGAGACUCGCUAUGAAGCCAGAUAUCUAUAAUCAGUACCGACAAUUUAUGCAGGAAUAUUUGUCGUUAGGACAUAUGGAGUUAAUCUCACCUAAUUGUAAAGACUUAGAAAAUCAACAUUAUUAUAUCCCUCAUCAUUAUAUAAUAAAGGAAUCAAGUUUAACGACCAAGUUGAGAGUAGUGUUUGAUGGCAGCACAAAAUCUUCAUCAGGUAUUUCCCUUAAUGAUACCUUAAUGAUUGGUCCAAAAACCCAGGAAGAUUUGAUUAAUAUACUUUUAAGAUUUCGUUGUCACAAUAUUGCAAUAACAGCUGAUAUCAAGCAGAUGUAUCGACAGGUGAAGGUUAGACCUGAGGAUUGUGACUUUCAACGAAUAGUUUGGAGAGAGAGUUCAGAAAUGCCAAUACAAACUUUUCGUCUUAACACAGUCACCUAUGGAACAACAUCAGCUCCAUAUUUGGCUACGAGAGCUUUGAAGCAGUUAGCGAUUGAUGAGAGUGUAGAGUUUCCGAGAGCCUCAAAAAUAGUAUUGCGAGAUUUCUAUGUGGAUGACAUGUUGACUGGCGUAAACAACUCUGAAAUGGCGCACAAAACUGACGAAUUAGAAGAAGACGGAUACGAACGUUUGCAAGUAUAA